AUGUCUUCGUCAAAGACCACCGCCAACGUCGCCCUUCUCCUAUUCGCCUUCUUCUCCCUUCUGGUCACACAAGUCUACGCUGGAACCGCGACCGCCUGGAACGACUGCUCCUAUUCCGUCUACUGCGCCGUUGUCAAGGAAAAUGGUGGUGUCGCCAACUUCCAGGAAGUCCGGCCUGGCAACAAGGUCACCGUCGAUAUCAUGUCUCUACCCAACGGUGACGGCUACACCAUCAUGUGCAAGCCAACCAACACCCCCAACGCUCCAGUCACCCAGAUCGAGUUCACACGCAACGACGACACCACACGCCGCUUGCACUUCGACCUCUCCACUGUUGCGGGCGCUGUGUUCGUCAAUGAUGGCAUGACUAUGUACGUGGACGAGCCUCGCAACAGCGACUUUCCCACUUGCUAUGGUGCUGUGUGUCGGGCUGGGGAGAAUCCGUGCCAGUACGCGUAUACCUGGGAUGGCGACUCGAAGCAUGGCGAGCGAGCUUGCUCGACCAGAGCGAGUAUUCAGUGGCAUAUGUGUCUUGUGGACGAGAACUUGUCGCUUCCACCACCGGGUACCGGUGCUAAGGUGGAGUAG